CGUUGAGUAGAGUCCCGGAGAGAGAUACACAGGCAGGACUCUGUGAACAACUUUUAAUGUAUGCGGGCCAGUGUGUCGGUCUGGGCCACUGUUUUCUCCUCCUUUAUGCAUCCUCCUGCCCGACGACGGCUCGCUGUUUCUUCACCGGCUCGGUAGCUAACCUGUUUUUGGCCCAAAAAGCGGCUGUGUGUCAGUUUCUUGUAUGUGACCGACGCUCGCACGACUCCAACACAUAACCGGCAUCGACUGAGUGAUUGAGUGAGUGACUGCAUGGACCAGACUGAACAUGAAGAGCCUCAAAGCGAAGUUUAGAAAAACUGAUGUCAAUGAGUGGAACAAAAACGAUGAGCGCCUGCUUGCUGCAGUGGAGCAUGGCGAGGCAGAGAAGGUGGCAUCACUUCUUGGGAAGAAAGGUGCCAGCGCUGUAAAGCUUGACAGCGAAGGCAAAUCAGCUCUUCAUGUGGCAGCUGCACAUGGACAGACAGACUGCCUAUCUGUUAUCCUGUCCCAUGGAGCUGACCUGUCAAUCACUGAUGCUGCAGGUCUUAAUCCAUUACACCUGGCUGCCAAAAACAAUCACACUGACUGCUGCAAAAAGCUCAUUCAGAGUAAAUGUCCUGUCGAUGCUGUGGACAGCUCAGGAAAGGCGGCUCUGCAUCACGCUGCUGCCAGCGGGAACAUCCAGACCGUCCAACUGCUGUGUGAACUCAAAAGUCUCAUCAACCUGAAAGAUGCAGACGGGUUCACCCCCUUGCUGCUCUCAGCCAAACACGCUCAUGCUGAGGUGUGCAGCACUUUGCUGGACUGCGGUGCUGAGAUCAACACUUUUGACAACAGCGGCAGGACAGCUUUGAUGCUGGCCAGCGAGUCCAACGCCGUUUCUGUUGUAGAGGUCUUGGUUCAGCGAGGAGCAGAUCUGUCAGCUGUUGAUUCACAAGGCCAUGAUGUCGCACACUACGCCAAACUGCUGGGCAACGCUGAGCUCAAAAUGGCCCUCACCGCUGCCCUGAACAGACAGCAGGUCUCAGAUUCAAAGUCUCCUAGAAGUCCUCAGCAUGAUCAAGUAGCUAAACUAAGUGAUGAACGGAUCACAACUCCCAAAAAACGAAAAGCACCUCCACCUCCUAUUAGUCCACUGCAGAGCUCUGGACCCUCUUCUCCUUCAGUCGUUACCUCCGCUGGGACCCCUGGAUCCAACAAAAGUGACACUCCCAAAAGAUUCAACUACAAGGAGGAUGAGGUUCGAGGAACGGCACUUAGAGAGGAGGUUGAGAAGCUCCAUGAGGAGAGAAACAUGUUGCUGGAGACAAUCGAAGACCUGAAGCAGUCGGUGGAGCAGACGUUGACUGGUCCUGAACUGGAUACGAAGGUCGAGCACACUUUUACAGCAUCUGCAGCUCUGGUUUCUGCUCUGCAAGCCAAGAUCAACAGUCUUACUUUGGAGAAUCAGCAACUUGCAAGCAAACUUAAGAAUCACCCAUCCCUCCAAGGAAUUGAGGACCUGAAGGACACCAGUCGUCCAAACAGCAUGGCCUCCAACUCUUCCUUCCACUCCACCCAGGAUGAGUUUGAUUCUGUGCCACAAGUGGAAAAGGAAGAUGGAUCAGGUGUUGUUUCUGUCAGGCAGGAGGAAGAAGACGGUGAAAGAGGGAGAGGUGGGAGCAAAGAGGAGAUCAGACUGUUGAGACAGGCCCUAGAGAGUGUUCAAGUGAAACUGCUUGAAACCAGGAAAGAAAACCGCUCACUUCAGGCCCAGCUGAAACCUGAGCGAGGCAGAGAAAGGGAGGAGGAUGAAAGCGUAAGGGAGAAAGGAAGAGAGGAAGAGCUGAUGGAGAGUCUCGCAGAGCUCCAGGCAAAGCUGACAGACACUCAGGAGAGAUACCACCAAGCUGUGGAGGAGGUGGAGGAGCUGAGGGUGAGGAUAGGAAAAGGAGAAGGUGAGCUGACGGAGAAGCAGGAGAGCCAGAGACUUCAAUCAUCCACACUUGAACAUGAAGUAAAACAGCUGAGGGCCCUGCUUGUCCAAUCAGGGUCAGAGAAAGAGAGCGCAACUCAACGAAUCAGACAACUGGAGGAGGCGCUGAGGAGGGUGGAGGAGGAGAGAAGGAGUGUAAAGGAGAAAGAACAGAGGAAUGCACAGAUUGAGGAGCUGUACAAGGAGGCACAAGAGGAGAUUAGGAUGCUCCAGGAGGCUCUGAGGGGCACAGUGCCAGUUGAAGCUGCAGCCAAAGACUUUGAAGAAAUGAAGGCUGAGCUAAAUGAGGUAAUUUCUGGGCUGCAGCGCCGCUUGCUGGAACUCUCACACUCCUACAGUGAAACCAAGAGUCAGCUAAGUGCUGCACAGAAACAGCUGGCUGACAGCAGCGCAGCCUCGUCUCCCUCCUCAGAGCAGCAGCAGCUGAACAGCAAGGUGGAGGAGCUGCAGACGUUGCUAACGGAGGCAGAGAAGAAGCUCUCGGCUGCUCAAGAGGAGAUUUCACUGCUGAGGCAGGAGGCAGAAGCUCAGGCGCAGAGCUCCGUGUCCCUCGCCGACCACACGCAGGUGAUGUCAUCUCUGGGAAAUGCCAUCAAAGAGUUGGAAAGCCAGUCAGAGGCCCUGAAAGAGCAGCUACAUCAGAAAGUCUUGCAGGUGGAGGCUUUUCAGAGCAGGCUGGCAGCAGAGAAAGAGGUCACCCCAGAUGAUUCAGUCUCCCGAGUGGAGCACGAGACCGCACGAGAGCAACUGGAGGGCGAGGUGAACCACCUGACGCAGCUCCUCCAGGGGGCCCUCAGGAAGCAGGACGAGAUGGCUCUGGAGGCUGCUGAUGCAUGGCAGAAGGCUCGGGAUAAUCGUGCAGAGCGGGAGGCCCUGCAGGAGCUGGUGAUGUCGAGGGAGAAGGAGAACCAGACGCUGACAACCAGGCUGACUGAGGCCCAGGAUGCUGUGUGUCAGCUCAAACAGCUGGUGGAGAACCACACUGCAUCAGAGAGAGAGAAGAACAAGAGGAUAGAUGACCUGUCACGGGAAGUGGGGAAGCUAAGGGAUGCCUUAAACAGCCUUUCACAGCUCUCCUACAGCUCUGGUUCUCCCUCCAAGAGACAACAGCAAAGCCAGCAGCUGGAGACGAUGCAGCAACAAAUCAAACAACUACAGUACCAGCUAGCUGAGUCAAAGAAGCAGCACCACGAGAUAGUGUCGGUCUACAGGAUGCACCUCCUCUAUGCUGUCCAGGGUCAGAUGGACGAGGAUGUCCAGAAAGCCCUGAAGCAGAUCCUGAUGAUGUGCAAGGUGCCGAGCCAAGCCAAGGAGGCCUGUUAAGACACUCUUGGCCUGGUUUCCCCAAAAGCAUGUUGUUAGCAAAACUGAAGUGAACUGCUGCUGUCACUACGUGUCCUCCCGUCCAAAAUCACGCAUUGCUUGUGCUGAUAACAAGCAAGGCCAACACAUGGUGCCUCUGAAUAAACCUUGAGUAUUUGUUACUGUGGAGUAGGUUUACAGUCAUAUGUUCAUUGCCUUUGCUAAUGUCAGGACCGACUAAGAGAAAAAGGUUAUCAAUAUUACGAUGGGUGAUGUUUUUGGGAAACCUCAGCCCAGCAUACAGAUACUGUACAACAACAAACUGACCACUCAGCUGAAGCACGUAGUUCCAGCCAAACAUAUCUCAGUAUGUGCAUGUUAAUACUACACUGUCAAUGUGCAGUAAUCUUAAUCACAUGCAGUUGAACAAGCGAGACAAAGGUGUAUACUCUGACAUAUACAUGUAUGUGCACACCAAUCAGUCCAGUGAGUGGUUUGUUUCUGUUACAAUACGCGCUUAGAUUAUUAAAAGACUUGUUGUGGUUGCUAGUAUCUAUUUUAUGAUACAACAGUGUUAGUAUUAUUUUACUCAUUGUCUAAAGGUUUCACAGAUGUCAACAUUUUCCUGAUACAAUCUAAAUUAUUUGUGCCCUCUUUACAAUGCAUGUAACUUUGCUCAACGCCAGCCCAAAAAUCACAUAGAAAUGUUUUUCUGGUUGCACUUCUAUGAAGAAACAGCAUGAUACAGUUUGUAUUGCUAUUUUCCUAUUAGCGCAAAAAAUUAUAAAAAUGUAUUUUGCUGAAUUGUAUUGCCAUGCCAUGUUUUCUAAGAUACUUUAAUGAAGAGGUUUGAUAGCUGUGUUUUCGAUAGCCUUGUGUCUGUGUGAAUGGAAUUCUUUUUCCUUGAGUAUGACAAAGCACUAUUUGAUCUAGUGACAUCUGAAUUAGUUAAAUGUUGUUAUUCAUAUUCUACAUAUAAGGGGUUGAAUAUGAUUGUGUACUGUUUAAAAAAAACUGUAUUGGCUCAAUAUUUUAGUGUUUCUGACUCAAAGGAUAGUUAGUUAGGAGGUAAGAUUCUCAUGUUUUCUCUCCUCUUGCUAAUGUUACAGUUUGGUCUCUUGUUCAGAAAUUCCUUACUUGAAAAGCAUGCAAAAUACGUUGGCUGAAAGCAAAUGGUUAAGUCUGCUUUCAUGUGCCUGUCUGCAGUACUUUCACCUGAGAAUUAACGUCAGUAUUAGUAAUUAUUAGAUGCCAAUUCCACCAGGCUUACUUGUACUCCCUUAUUAAUUUAUUUACAUUUACCAGGAAUGUUUUUUCUGUCUUUCUAUUUGUGAUACUCUCAUCUCUUUCGGUGUUUCUUUGUGGGUAUGGAUAUACACUGUACAGAAUGAAUUUGUUUAAAUAAGUCUUUUCAAGGCUUCUGAACUGUUUUCACAUUACACUCCCUUGCCUUAGUACUGUACUUUGAGCCAUACACACUUAGAUAAUCACCCUUCUGAACAGUGUUUUAGAUUAUUGAGAAGCCAAACUCAACAGAAACACUGUUAACCUUGACUGACUGACGCUCCCAUUCUCGUUUCUCACUCAGGAACUUUUAUACUGAACACGACUAACACCUGACUGAACUUUGUUAGACUCUGAGUCGAGCUUUUGCUUUAUUUCAUAGGUGUAGAAUAUCAAACAACAUAUUUCUCUUUUUCUCUCUAGGCCUUGACUGAAACGUUUUUUACUACGAAAGGGAAAAGAAACACCUCUUCUGUUUGUUGUUUCUUCAUGAACAGUUUUGUAGUGACAUGGAAAAAAAUGCUUGUUUGCCAACUUCUUUUUUGGCCACAGUAAUAAAUUUUCAAGAUGCUGUACCUGCAA